AUGACGAGCGGACUGCCAACCAGGACCGUCGCCGGCGUAACCAUACCAAACACCACCCUAAUCACCGCGGCGCUGGACUACGCCCGUCAACACAGCACCGACUACACCUACAACCAUAUCGUGCGCUCGCUGCUCCUGGGCACCGUAAUCUCCGACAAGAUCCCAGCCCUCCUAAAUCGCGACCGCGAAGCCCACGCCGUCGCCGCCGUGCUCCACGACCUGGGCUUUCCCAUCGGCCACCCGCCGCACAGCAAAAUACUAAGCAGCGACAAGCGCUUCGAGGUGGACGGCGCCAACGCCGCCAGGGCCUUUCUGAAGCGGGAGGCUGCCGGCGACGACUCGGACAAAUGGGACAAGCAUCGCCUGCAGCUCGUCUGGGAUGCCAUCGCACUGCAUACCACCGGCAGCAUCGUCUUCGAGAAGGAGCCAGAGGUACAGGCGACUUCAUACGGCAUCUGGGCCGACUUCCAGGGGCCUGAUUCGGGUAUCGGACGGCCUGUUGACGAGUAUCCACGCUUAGGCCUGAUGAAGGGUCUGAAAGAGAACAUGCUGCACAUCUGCAAGGCGAAGCCGCAGACCACGUACGAUAACACCGUCGGGGAAUGGGGCGACCGCUACCUCGGCAAGGAUGAGUACGAUCGAGCGCCGAACCUGACGCAGAAUCUGCUGGAGACCUGCGGUUUGGAUGACAAGGAGCUUGGAUGA